AUGGAUGAAUGUAAGCUUAUUUCUACACCUACACAUCCAACAGGUUCUCCUGAUGAGGAUGAAUCAGGUAAAAAGAUGAAUCAUAAAAGUCCUGGCGGUGAUAUCAUAGAUUGUGUUAGAUUCUAUGAACAACCCGCUUUUGAUCAUCCUUUAUUGAAAGGACAUAAAAUAUUGGAUCCUCCCGAAAGCCCAAUAAAUAAAUAUGAGAAAGGUAAUAUGAGUGAUAUCAUUCAAUUGUGGAUUUUGUCUGGUGAAUCAUGCCCUGAAGGAACAAUUCCAAUUAGAAGAACAACUGAACAAGACUUGUUAAGAGCUGAAUCUAUUGACACAUUUGGAAGAAAAUUACAUAAUUUUAGAAGUGACUCCAAUGCAAAUAAUGGACACGAGCAUGCAAUUGGGUUUGUGUACGGUAAAUUAUAUGGAGCAACGGCUUCCAUAAACGUGUGGUCCCCACAAGUGGAAAUUCCAGACGAAUUUAGUUUGGCUCAAAUUUGGAUUGUCAAUGGUUCAUAUGGAGAAGAUCUAACCACCCUUGAAGCUGGUUGGCAGGCAUGUUAUUACUUUCAUUAA